UGGGCACUUGGUAGGUGACGCUAGAUGAUGGCGAGUGUCUUUAAUGUGAUCUGAGUUUGUUUUUCGGCGACUAUUGGGGCAACAGAGUCACUUAAGAAGGCAAAAGGAAAUAAUAAAAUCAGGGAGUCAUUGAAGGAGUUUGUCGUGGCAGCGUCACAAACUUGGGACCGAAUAACAACACCAAACCCAAGGUGAAUUCAUGUAAACAAAAUCAACAACUUUUUGUUUUGUCCGCUGCUCUUCAUUGCAGCCAACUCAGACUAUUGUUUAUUGUACUUUAAGCGCGCAAUGGCUUCUCCGGCUGCCAGUUCGAGCCCUUUGAGUAUCCUGGCUCCCAAAACGAAGACAAAGAAGAAACAUUUUGUACAGCAGAAAGUGGAGGUGUUCCGAGCCAGUGACCCUAUUCUAAGCGUCCUUAUGUGGGGAGUCAAUCACUCGAUUAAUGACCUGGUCCAGGUGCCUGUCCCCGUCAUGCUGCUUCCUGAUGACUUCAAAGCCAAUACCAAGAUCAAAGUCAACAACCAUCUCUUCAACAAAGAGAAUCUUCCAGGACAUUUCAAGUUCAAAGAGUAUUGUCCACAGGUGUUCCGUAAUCUCCGAGAGCGCUUUGGAAUCGAGGAUCUGGAUUAUCAGGCUUCUCUGGCACGCAGCCCUCCGGUGAAGGACGGGGAUGGUCACGGAGUGGGGCUGCUGCUGACAUCAUAUGAUCGCACCCUGAAACUCAAACAGAUCUCCAGUGAGGAAGUGGAGGACAUGCACAACAUCCUAUCUGAAUAUCACCAGCACAUAGUGACGUGUCACGGCAGCACGCUGCUGCCUCAGUUUCUGGCCAUGUACCGGGUGACCGUGGAGAGUGAGGACACCUACCUUAUCGUUAUGCGGAACAUGUUCAGCCACAGGCUCAACGUUCACAGGAAGUAUGACCUUAAGGGGUCUCUGGUGUCGCGUGAAGCAAGUUUAAAGGAAAAGGAGAAAGAGUUGCCCACGUACAAAGAUGUGGACUUCAGGAAUAACAUGCAGAAGGUUUAUGUGAGUGAGGAGGAGAAGGAGAGGAUCAUGGACAAGCUCAAUAGAGACGUGGAGUUCCUGGUGCAUCUGAGGAUCAUGGACUACAGCCUGCUGCUGGGGAUCCACGAUGUGGGCCGGGUGGAGGAGGAGGAGAUGGAGGAGGAGUCGUAUGAUGAUUAUGAUGCGGAGGACGAGGAGGAGGAGGAGGAGAACAGCCUGACUCCUGCUCCUGCUGUGGGCUCCUAUGGCACCUCCCCUGAGGGCAUCGCUGGCUACAUGAACUCCUUUAAACUCCUGGGGCCCGGGGAGUUUGACCCUUAUGUAGAUGUCUACGCCAUUCAGAGUGCUGUGGGUGCACCCCAGAGGGAGGUGUACUUCAUGGGUCUGAUUGACGUCCUGACUCACUAUGACACCAAGAAGAAAGCCGCUCAUGCUGCCAAGACCGUCAAACAUGGGUCUGGAGCAGAAAUCUCCACCGUUCACCCUGAGCAGUACGCAAAGAGGUUCCGUGAGUUCAUUGCUAAGAUCUUUGCCUAGCUUACCAGAAAACAGCUACAUCUACAGUACCAUGGCUGACUCAAUACGAAAAAACUCCCCAUUUAGUACCUUGUUGUUACAAUUCAUUAUCUAACAGACACUGUAUUUGAUUCUAAUAUUUAACGACACUGCUUUUUGAUUUCAUGAAUCAAUUCAAGUAGAUGAUUUUGUAUAUAGAUAACUACAUAGCAAAUAUACAGUAUAUUAACUAAGAAAUAUACUGUUUUUUUAAAGCUAUUUAUUUAAUUGAAUUUAAAAAAGACUCUUGGUACUAGCUUGGCCACCUGUGGAACACGAGAGAAACUACAUCGUCACAUGCCUCGAGUUCUGGUUGACUGGAAUUUUGGAGACCUGGCAGAGUUCUAUUCGCUGUGGAAGUCUGACAACAGAGUGCGUUUGAAUGUCUUCGGGUGGGAAGAGAGAGAGCAUUGUCUUUGUGGCAUGCUCUUCCAGCUAAGUAUGACUGGAUGGAGGCACAAAAGGAAGGAGAUACCGUAGCGAUAUCUAUUAAUUUAUGGACACACACACUGGACUGGUAUUUUAGAAAGACUGAUCGAUGCCCUUCUUUGCCUAGAUUUCCUUAAAUCAAAACAAGGUGGAGAAAUGCCUUUAAGUCUUUUGAAAUCACUGAUGUAUCUUAAUAUUUUGGUAGUGGCUCCUAAUCCGUGAGAGGAUAUUUUAUUUCUGAGGCUCCGUAUCCGUGAGUGCGCAAAUUCUCGCAGUACGUCUCAUUCGUUUUCUCAUGCCGAACCCAGAUUAGAUACAUGGCUAGUUAAAUCAGAAUUAAAUUGCAAAAAUAUGAUAUUUGCAAUGUCACUAUUAGAUACAUGGCUAGUUAAAUCAGAAUUAAAUUGCAAAAAUAUGAUAUUUGCAAUGUCACUAACAAAAAACAAAACCACUACAAUGUCAAUGCUUUUGUCAUGAGUUCAGUACCAUUUGCAUGAUUUGCGGAACCAUGACUAAAGGUUUAUCGUCAUUAGCUAGCUAACGUUAGCAUGCUAGUGUUAGCUAGCAAGCUGUAUUCAAGUCCAUUGGAAACCGAUGCAACCCUGGUGGCUACGUGGCUAGCUAGACGACCGGUAGUGACAGUGAGGUCCAUAUGAGAGUCAAGGCUCUAAGUGCCAUCGUGCACAUACAAUACUGUUUGAUGAGUUAGCUAAGAAGGUAUACCAGUUAUCAUGUUAACUAGCUUUGCAUGCAUGGCAGGACCAGUGUUGUCCAAGAUGGUAGAUCGUCUCUGGUGAUGUAUCAACAUUACAACCUAUGGGACGCAAACAUUCCUGCACAUACACAGGUAUCGGAUAACAAUAAGAAAUAUUUCUCAAUAUAUUGCAUAUUUAGUCCACAAUUUCUCUGACAUUUGGCUUGUAGUUCUUGCACAACAAAGAAGUAGAGACCGUUUUCACGGACCUACCAAAUCAAAACAAACAGUGAAAUUAUAGUUAGGGAGAAAUUAACCAUACGACCGCUACGAGGUGUCAAUGUAUCCCCACAGAUCAAAUUGAUUUCAACAGUACUUAAUAGAGUCCACUAACUUGCUGCACUGAUGUAAAAUAUCACUAUUGCAUGUAAAAUAUCACUAUUGCACAUGAUUUGUAUAUUGACAUAUCUGGGACAUUUUGGAGAAAACUUAUGGAUCUGUUAGACACAUACACACACCUAUGUAUUUUCUCUGUAAACGGAUUUGUAUUUCUUGGGUGAGAUGGGGCUAACUAAAUAAGAAAUAACAAUCCAGGACAAAUGGAAAUACAGCCUGCUUUGUGAUAUCAAAUGCCUUCUUACAUUUUAAGAUGGGGUAUGCAACCAAGCACACGUGAAACCAUUCAUGGUUUCAAAUGAUUUGAAGUACGCCCCUGCUGAGUAUAAACAAUAAAACAUUAUUAUAGAUGCCCCAAAAUAGAUUGAAUGGACUUGGUAAUUCACACAGUACUGAUGAAAAAUCAAGUGCAUUUGAUGUAAAUAUAGGUAUACAAGGACAUCUCGUGGUCAGCAGGUUUUUCAUCCUCAGUCACUAGCUAUCAUAAUUGUGUAUCCCUCCUUCACAAGCUUGAUGUUUCCUAUGCAAAAAAAAACAUUGAUGCACUAGCAUGCAAUGAUGCAGGUAUUUACAGUGCAACAUAUUGUCAUUGACUAAAACAAAAUAUAAUUGUAUGAGAAACCAUAACUUCAGUUAAUAGCCGGGGUGUUUAUUUUCUUAAAUCACUGAACACAACUGCCUUUUAUUAGAACAUUCUUCUAUUUGAGCCAGGCAUCUAUCUCCUUAAUGCACACAGUUUUUGCAAAUUUGCAUAGUUAAUUGUCUAAUUCCAGCAUUCACUUCCAGUGUUAUCGUUUACAAACGGUGUCAUGUUUAUUUUGUGUUAGUAUUCCACUAUAAAUACAAUUUAAAAAAAACUUGACUAUCAUUUUUCUCCACUUUGCUGUUCAUUUUCGGCAGUUCUUACUUUCGCCACUAGAGACAAUUUCUAGGGGUCUGUGUUCCCAAAGUGUUUUUGUGCUUGCCAGUUAGCUAGCCAUUCUCAGCUGUUAGCAACCAAUGGCUAGCAGUUUCUUUCUGGUGAUAAAAACAGAUGAUUACCAUAAUUUCUUUGAGACAUUACUGAAUUAUUUAACGUAACGAAUCAAACGUUAAACUUCAAACAAUUCAUGGUAAUCUCAAACAGGCAGUGGUGGAAAAAGUACCCAAUUGUCAAACUUGGGUAAAAGUCAAGAUACAUUUUUAAUAGAAAAUGACUCAGGUGAAAGUCACCCAGUAAAAUAUUACUUGAGUAAAAGCCUAAUAGUAUUUGGGUUUUAAAUAUACUUAUAUAUCAAAAGUAAAUAUACAUAAGUAUCAAAAGUUAAAGUAUAAAUCAUUUCAAAAUUCCUUCCUUACAUUUUUGUUAUGCACACUCACGGAUACGGAGCCAUCAAAAUAAAAGAUCUGGUCACGGAUUAGGAACCACUCGCUAAUAUAAUUUGUACAAAUUACAUUAAAUGUUUCUUUAAAUCUAUGUUUGAGUUGAUAUCUACUAAAUUAUCUGUGUUAGAUUUUCGGAAGUUCUGUCUCUCCCAUAAAUCCAGAUAUCCUAAUAGGCCUACAGUAAGGUGAGUCACAGUAUUCCCAAAGUUCUUAUAUUUUAUUAGUAAUGUAAUUUAAAGCAUAGACCUAGCAAAUUCUCUAGUGUUAAAUCAACACUGACAGUGUUAAAUUCAACACUGGGCCCGUGCCUACACGGGUCCAUACUUUUCAGUGGUAAAUUAACAUUCAUGGCCAUUUAGCUAUCUUGUUGUUGCUAGCUAAUUUGUCCUGGGAGAAACACUGGGUGUUUUUUUUAACCUAAAAUGCAUAUGGUGCUUUGUAAUUUUGAGUCAUAGAAAGUGUGUGUUCUCUACUUUGACAAUUAAUCCACAGAUAAAAAGGGAAACCUA